AUGUUAUCUACCUUAGCUAAAUUAACAGCUUUAUAUUAUGAUCUAUUAGAAUUACAUACCGAAGGAAAAGCAUGGUCAAUAAGAACAAAUAAAUUAUUAAAAAAGAAAAUCAAAAAAUAAUAAAAUAAAGCAAAUAGAGGAAGAAAAAGAAAACAAGAUUAACAUAAUGAAGAAGAUAAUGAUAUUAUUGAAAAAGUUCCUGAUGAAGAAAAUGCAUCAGAGAAGAGGAAGAAGAUGAUGAGGAAAAUGAAGAAGAAGUAGAUGAUGAAAAUGAAACUGAAAAUGAUUAAUCUAUUUAUAAAGAAAAAAAGAUGUAAUUUUGUUUCAGAAUUUGCAAUCAUAGUUGAUUAUAAAGUAUUGGAAAAAUAUUUCUUUUUAAUCAAAGAAGAGUAUAUUAAUAAUUAUUAUUAUUAGCAAAUUAUUAAACAAUUCAUCAGAACUUAAUAUUGCAAUUUAUAAAUAUUUUCAAAGAAUUCUUGAUACUCUAAAAGCAGAUUGGAUCUUUUUUUAAUUAGAUUUUCUAUAUAUAAUCAAUUCAAUCAUUUAAAAUAAAUAACUAACAGUAAUUAUAUUUCAUAUUAAUUAGUAUAAAAGUGAAUUCUUAAACUUAAUCUAAUUAUUUAGAAGAAAAGGAAUCAGCUUUUUUAACUAUUCAAAAUUAAUAGAUUAAUGAGUGUAGAAUUCUUUUCAGAUUUCCUCAUGCUGCAACUAAAGAUUCUAUUCUAAAAAAUUACUAAGAUUAAGUAGCAGAAGGAGACACUAAUUAAGAUAAAUAUUAAUAUGAAGGACCUAAAAAGAAAGUUAUCUGGACUUAAAAAGAGGAUAAGAUUUGAUUGAAAAUUAUGAAAAAUAUCAGGAUUGUGAAAAAUUACCUGAAGAAUAAUUGAGUCUAUUACUCAGUUAAAAUAGUUUCAUUAUUAAAUCUCCUGUAGAGAUUAGAAAGAGAAUUAGAAAAUUUAGAUUGGAAGAAGGAAAUGAUAGAGCAAUUGCAUUAUAUCAAUAAUAAUACGAAAUGAUUUCCAUGAAGAAUGUUGAAAUAAUGGUUAAGAGUGUUAGGAGUCUAAUAGAUUAAUCCUCUCUAUAAAAAUAAAUCAAAUCUAAGAUAGUUUAUAUAGGAGUAUAAUUAUUACUCAUCAUUUAAAAAUUAGAUUAAAGAAGACAAUUUGAACGAGUGGAAGAAAAAAAUUAGAUAGCUUUAAAGUAUUAUAUGUGUUAGGAUUGUCUAUGUAUAAACAAAUUUUAAAUCAUCUACACUAAAGAUAAAUGA